AUGAAUGCUGGGGUCGAAGCGGUUGAGACUGCAUUGAAGUUGGCUCAAAAAUGGGCUUACGUCAAAAAUUGGCUUACCACACCGGACGGCAAAGCCAUAAUCUUAAGCGUUGGUGGAAAUUUCCAUGGUCAAACUUUGGGUGUCAUGGGUAUGAGUACUGAUCCGGAUUACCAAAAUUCAUUUGGGCCAUUUCUGACAAGCAUUGGCUCAAGUUGUCCAAUCAAUGCGCCAGCAAACUCCGCACUAAACACCCACGGAAAAAAUACAGCCACAGUUUUACUUGAGCCUAUUCAAGGCGAAGCUGGGAUUAUUGUUCCGGACAACGACUACAUUCCAAAAGUAAAGGCCUUAUGUGAAUCAAACAACGUGUUAUUGAUAAUGGAUGAGGUGCAGACUGGGCUUGGUCGAACAGGGAAACUUCUUUGUCAAGAGCAUUCAAAUGUCCGAGCAGACAUUUUGACUUUAGGUAAAUCUUUGUCCGGUGGAUUUUAUCCAGUCUCUGCGGUUUUGGCAGAUGAUCACAUUAUGGGAGUCAUCAAAACUGGAGAACACGGCUCUACAUUUGGCGGGAACCCGUUAGGUUGUGCUGUGGCAAUUGCUGCAUUGGAUGUAUUGAUUGAAGAAAACUUGUGCAAGAGGGCCGAGGAAAUGGGGAAACUGAUGAGAAGUGGUUUAUUAGAAUUGAAAUCCAUCCGACCAUCAGUAGCCAGCCCAAUGGGGUAUAUACAAACUGUCAGAGGCAAAGGUUUAUUGAAUGCACUUGUGAUUGACCCAAACCUAUCUCCUAAGAAAAGGGGGGCUUGGGAUCUUUGUCUGUUGAUGAAAUCACAAGGUGUUCUGGCCAAGCCGACCAAUUCAAAUAUCAUCCGGUUGACUCCCCCUUUGACAAUUGGACCCAAUGAAGUCAAACAAGUUGUUAAGGUUAUUGGGGAGUGUCUUCAAGAUUUGGACCAGGUUGGAUAA